GGACCAUCUGCAAGAUUUGAAAAGCCUCUCAAGAAUGAGAUGGAUUCACCUGAGAAACCGGAUAAGGACAAUUUAGUGGGCACCAACAAAAGCCAGCUUGGUGUGUGUGGCUGGAUUCUGUUUUCUCUUUCCGUCCUGUUGAUGCUCAUUACCUUCCCAAUCUCCAUAUGGAUGUGCUUGAAGAUCAUUAAGGAGUACGAACGUGCUGUUGUCUUCAGACUGGGACGCAUCCAAGCUGAUAAAGCCAAGGGACCAGGUUUGAUUCUGGUCCUGCCCUGCAUUGAUGUGUUCGUCAAAGUCGACCUUCGAACAGUUACUUGCAACAUUCCUCCACAAGAGAUUCUCACGAGGGAUUCCGUGACCACCCAAGUGGACGGCGUGGUCUAUUAUAGGAUCUACAGUGCAGUCUCAGCCGUGGCUAACGUGAAUGAUGUUCACCAGGCCACGUUUCUGCUGGCUCAGACCACUCUGAGAAAUGUCUUAGGAACACAGACCUUAUCCCAGAUCCUGGCUGGGCGAGAAGAGAUCGCUCAUAGCAUCCAGACCUUGCUUGAUGAUGCCACUGAGCUCUGGGGACUCCGAGUGGCCCGGGUGGAAAUCAAAGAUGUCCGGAUUCCCGUGCAGCUGCAGAGGUCUAUGGCAGCCGAGGCAGAGGCCACCAGGGAAGCGAGGGCCCGGGUCCUUGCAGCAGAGGGAGAAAUGAAUGCUUCGAAGGCUCUGAAGUCGGCCUCCAUGGUGUUGACCGAGUCCCCCAUCGCCCUCCAGCUGCGUUACCUCCAGACCUUGACCACGGUGGCCACAGAGAAGAAUUCCACCAUUGUGUUUCCCCUGCCUAUGAACAUACUCGAGGGCAUAGGCGGCAUCAGCUACGACAACAAUAAGAAGGUCAACGCUAAAGCCUGAGGUCGUCUGAGUAACUAACAGCUGCUUAGAAAGGCCUUUCUGUUCCAUGAAGAAGUCAGCCCUUAGAGGAGGGGAAGGCCACCGCCAUUCAAGCUAUAGUAACCCUACAGCUAGCAGAAUUCCCAAAGAGAGGGAGAGGGAGAGAGAGAGACUACACAAACAAAAACAAAACCAAGAGCUGUGCACUGCGUUUAUUUUAAAGGCACGACCAAUAUUCGAUAUCCAUAUAUAAUUAGUGGUUGUCCCUGAUUAUCAGCAGGGACUCUCUCUCAGGAGAGGCAGAGACAAGAGUACUUCAGAAUUUAAGCUGUGGUGGGGAAGGACCGUAGGUAAUUUGUAAAAGAAAGCAGAUCCUGCAUUUGUGCUGUGCAUUUGGCUUACUGCUCCAGUAAAAUUACUUGCUUCCGCUCAGGUAGUCAUAAGGAAACCCCUCAAGACUAAAAACUAGGACCGAUUUGGAUGUAGCGAAUAAAAUACAGCUGUAACAUAGCAGCGACAGCACAGGGCAAAAGUACAGUUCAGGUCCAGCUCUCGGGACACCCUGCACAUCCUUGUGAAA